GAUUCUCUGCACAGACCUAGGCCGAGCAUGGCGGACACCAAGAAGAUGAGUUUGAAGCUUCUCGUUGACAAGAGAAACCAGACCGUCCUCUUUGCGGAAGCCGGAAAGGACUUUGUGGAUUUCCUUUCCCAUUGUCUGACUUUGCGCCUUGGAACUAUUGUGAGUCUUCUCCCCAAAGAAGGUGUGGCCGGCGGCUUACGAAAUCUACAUGCGAGUGUCGAGAAUCUCAGCGACAAAUCCGUUGAACGUAGAGAGAAUGAGUCUCUGCUGAAUCUCUUAGCACGGAGCUCCCGUCCGGAUGUUGUGCGCUUAUUGUUUCCUGAAGCUCCGUCUUUAGCACCAAUUGACUACUACACUUGCCCUCGCACUCCCAGUGGCUGUGUGACGGAUUCCCCUUCUACGAGAUGUCCUGGUUGCAACAAUAUGAUGAGCAAGAAACUGUCAUGGGUUGCUGGACCAGCUGGUGGCGCCGCA